CUAGUUCACACGCGGAGCUCAGUCAGCAUUUGACUCAGCGGUGGCGUCAGGGGACCCACGGUUUCCACUUGUCAGCGACUCCCCGAUACCGAAAUCAAGUGCAUCCCCUCCGCUACAGACAUGUCGAAGUUGGAUCAGAUCCUCGUUCUUGACCCUCCCUCCGACCUCAGAUUUAAAGGUCCUUUUACAGACGUCGUAACAACCAACCUCAAACUGAAGAAUCCCUCUGACAGAAGAGUAUGUUUUAAGGUUAAGACGACUGCGCCACGCAGGUACUGUGUGCGACCAAACAGUGGCGUCAUUGAUCCCGGAGCAACUGUUAACAUCUCUGUCAUGCUGCAGCCCUUUGACUAUGACCCCAACGAGAAAAGUAAACAUAAAUUUAUGGUGCAGACGAUUUUUGCUCCACCAAAUGUUUCUGACAUGGAUGCUUUGUGGAAAGAUGCAAAACCUGAUGAUCUCAUGGAUUCCAAGCUGAGAUGUGUCUUCGAGCUGCCUUCUGAAAAUGAUAAAGUGAGUGACGUGGAGGCGACUAAAGUGGCCCCGGUGAUGAACUCUGCAAAGGCCGAUCCAACAGCGGCCACAGUGACCGGUGCUGGCGCUGUCCAGCAGGACGACACGGAGAUGAAGAAAGUGCAGGACAAGUGCAAGAGGCUGCAGUCUGAGAUGAGCAAGCUGGUCGAGGAGAACCGACAACUAAAGGACGACGGGAUUAGAAUGAGAAAGGUUCCGCGCUCAGACCACAUGACGACAAACUCCACCAGCCUCCUCGGCCGAGAAGCCACCACCGCGUCCCUGCCCUCCCUCCUCGUUGUCAUAGCAGCCAUCUUCAUCGGGUUCUUCUUAGGGAAGUUCAUCUUGUAGACUGGGAGACGCAUGCCAGUCGUAUCAACUCACCCACCGAACCCACCCACCCACCCACCCACUCACCCCCGGCUCCGGAAUCCAAAAAUAACCCAAGAAGUCUUUCUGUUGACUUUGCCAUAUCAUUGGUAGUGUGGGCAGUGAACACAUCGUACAGCAUCAUUUGAAGGCGUUGUCUUUUUACAAAUCUCUCACACGGUUAGUACACACACACACACACACACACACACACACACACACGCGCACACACACACACAGUUGAGAAAAGAAAGGCAACAAAAACUUUUUUUUUUUUCUGUUCACGUUUUUUUGAAGGCUGGAAUAAACAGGUGAUGUGGUGGGACAUCAAAGAUACAUGUAUAAUAUCAGUCAACAUGGAAAAUGCACCUAGACUACAUGCACUACCAAGAGCAGUCAAAAGAUUGGAUUAUUGUUUUCUUCAUUUCUCUCUGUUUUUAAUAGGAAUUGAAUGGAAUGUUAGGUGUCUUGUAAAUGUUGUUUUAAAAAUCCUUUUAAACAAAAAAGAAAAGGAAAGAACUUCCAUCACAGUGACCUUGCUACCUGUUGCUGGAUCGCCUCCAAAGUCACAUGGUUUCUGUUUGUAAUUUCUACUUCUAGUCUUGGAAUGUUCAGGUCCAGCUUGGAUCUAGGUGCCUCCUAAUACAGUUCUGUCCUUUUUCCGCACAACACCGAUGCAGACUUUAUAUUAUUACCAUUGUUAUUAUUAUUAUUAUUAUUAUUAUAAUAUAAAGAUAUAUUCCUUCAAAGGCAAAUAUUGACUGAAAAAAGGUCUCAUUCUUAAAAUCCUGUUCAUGGUAUUAAGCAUUGAAGAAAUAAAAAUGAAAAAAUGUGCUUUUGA